AUGGCGACUUUCGCCGCCAAGUAUCUCGUGUCCAGUGCGGCCAGCGGAGUAACAGGCCGAGUAGGAGAGUUCAGUGGUGACCUGGGAAAACAACUCAGCAUGGAAAACUUGACUAAAAAGGACCUAGAAAGAGCCGAAAAAGAACUCAAUAAAGAAGAGAGGGAUCGUAAAAAGAAACAUUACAGGAUGGAAGCGUCGAGAGAAAAACUACGAACUGACAUUAGAGGAAAAUACGGAAUCAAAAAAAGAAGAGCGCACGAGCCGGUUGAAACACAUACUGGGAUUUUAAUGCCAAAAAGCGAAAAGGAACUUUUGCUGGCGACUGAGAAAGAAGAAGAGGAGGAUGAUGACUGUGCAUGUAGCCCUUGUUCUUGUACAUGGGCUUCUUUAUGCUGUCCAUUUCUGUCAAAAAAUACAAAGCAUUCUUAA